AACCUUUUCCAUGUGCAGAGUGUGGGAAAUGUUUCACAAGAAAAGAAUGUCUCACAUCACAUGAAAGGACCCACACAGAGGCGACACCAUUCACUUGUACUCAACGUGGAAAACGUUUUGCAAAAAAUUAGUAACCUGAAAGCUCAUGAAAGAAUUCACACAGGAGAAAAACCUUUCAAAUGGGCAGAGUGUGGAAAAAGUUUUACAGAAGAGAGUAAUAUGAAAACUCAUGAAAGGAUUCACACAGGGGAAAAACCUUUCACAUGUACAGAGUGUGGAAAAAGUUUUACAAAAAAGAGAAAUCUGAAAACACAUGAAAGGAUUCACACAGGGGAAAUUACUUUCACAUGUGCAGAGUGUGGAAAAAGUUUUACAAAAAAGAGUAAUCUGAAAACACAUGAAAGGAUUCACUCAGGGGAAAAACCUUUCACAUGUACAGAGUGUGGAAAAAGUUUUACAGAAAAGAGUCAUCUGAAAAAUCAUGAAUGGAUUCACACAGGAGAAAAGCUUUUCACAUGUACAGUGUGUGGAAAAAGUUUUACACAAAUGAGUAAUCUGAAAAAUCAUGAAUGGAUUCACACAGGAGAAAAGCCUUUCACAUGUACAGAGUGUGGAAAAUGUUUUACACAAAUGAGUAAUCUGAAAAAUCAUGAAAGGAUUCACACAGGAGAAAAGCUUUUCGCAUGUACAGAGUGUGGAAAAAGCUUUACAGAAAAGAGCAAUAUGAGAACUCAUGAAAGAAUUCACACAGGGGAAAAACCUUUCACAUGUACAGAGUGUGGAAAAAGUUUUACAAAUAAGAGUAAUCUGAAAACACAUGAAAGGAUUCACACAGGGGAAAAGACUUUCACAUGUGCAGAGUGUGGAAAAAGUUUUACAAAAAAGAGCAAUCUGAAAACACAUGAAAGGAUUCACACAGGAGAAAGACCUUUCACAUGUGCAGAGUGUGGAAAAAGUUUUACAAAACAGAGUAAUCUGAAAACACAUGAAAGGAUUCACACAGGGGAAAAGACUUUCAUAUGUACAGAGUGUGGAAAAAGUUUUGCAGAAAAGAGUCAUCUGAAAAAUCAUGAAUGGAUUCACACAGGGGAAAAGAUUUUCACAUGUACAGAAUGUGGAAAAAGUUUUACACAAAUGAGUAAUCUGAAAAAUCAUGAAUGGAUUCACACAGGAGAAAAGCCUUUCACAUGUACAGAGUGUGGAAAAAGUUUUACACAAAUAAGUAGUCUGAAAAUUCAUGAAAGGAUUCACACAGGAGAAAAGCUUUUCACAUGUACAGAGUGUGGAAAAUGUUUUACACAAAUUAGUACUCUAAAAACUCAUGAACGGAUUCACACAGGAGAAAAGCCGUUCACAUGUACAGAGUGUGGAAAAAGUUUUACACGAAUGGAUUAUGUGAAAACUCAUGAAAGGAUUCACACAGGAGAAAAGCUUUUCACAUGUACAGAGUGUGGAAAAAGCUUUACAGAAAAGAGUAAUCUAAAAACUCAUGAAAGGAUUCACACAGGAGAAAAGCCUUUCACAUGUACAGAGUGUGGAAAAAGUUUUACACAAAUUAAUACUCUGAAAACUCAUAAAAGAAUUCACACAGGAGAAAAGCCUUUCACAUGUACAGAGUGUGGAAAAAGUUUUACACGAAUGGAUUAUCUGAAAAGUCAUGAAAGGAGUCACACAGGAGAAAAGCCUUUCACACGUACAGAGUGUGGAAAAUAUUUCACAGUUAAAAGUACUCUGAAAAACCAUGAAAGGAUUCACACACAGGAGAAAAGCGUUUCACUUGUACAGAGUGUGGAAAAAGUUUUCCUUUGAAGCCAGGUAUCACAAAACACCAACUAUUGAGACACAAAUAAACUUUAUAUACACAGUGUACAAACAUUUUUACAAUUAUCCUAAAGAGGACAAACUCUCUAAAUAGAAGCAUAAAAAAUGAUGUUAUUGAUAAUUUACUGCAUGCUAGUACAAAUUCUUUCCUAAUACUAACCCAGCACCUGAAUACCACUGUACCAUGGAGUUCGUAGCUUCCUUUUUGAAAGACCUGAGUAGUUGCCUAGAUCAGCACCAUGAGGCCUGCAUGGUCAUUCUGAAAACUACAGUUUGCUCUCCAUCGAAGAUGGUAUCCUCCGAAACAGUUCACAAUAUCAUCAAAAGUACCCUACCUGCUCGGGGGGGGGGUGCUUAAGGGCCCCAGCGUCAAUCCCUGGCUGUGUCAGAUACACUGAAUCCUCAUAUAAUACAAGGCAAUGAGUCUGAACAAGGCAAAACUCAAGAGAGGAGGAAGGUAAAGAUAACUGAGAUUCCCCAGCCUAGCAUGCACGUAUUGGCAAAUUCAAGGUACUUAGAGAUAUGGAAGUCGGGUGAAUCCUCUAGCACACUCUAGCUGACUCUCUUCUACCAUGGUUAUUGAGUGCUGAACAUUAAGGCUGACAGAAGAUCUAGAUUUGAAUGGCCAGGGGCUUAUGUCAACAUAUUUUAACCACUAUUUGGCAUUGGCACUAAUUUUCCUCGAAAAAGCUGCACUUUACAUCUCUUGUGAAAACCUGAGUGGGGUAAUGAUUUAUUAUCUCUGUAAUAGUGACAGUGCAUUGCUUAAACUAAUGUGACUAUGCUAACUUGAUGUUUCUACCCACCACUGGGACUCCUUUUAACAGAGAUUUAUUGUAUAUGACAAUUAUUAAGUUUAUGUCUCAAGACUGAAGACUUCCUGGAUGAAGACCUUAUGGUCAGAGGAGAAGGUGAAUAUUAAUAACCUCAAUGUUGGGGGAAUAUUCCUCACAGAUAUGUAGCAAUAAGCUUAGCUUCAUUUAUAAUAAUGUAACUGUAAUUCAGUAGAAUAGUUAGACUAAUAUCACUUAUAAUAUUUUUAUUACAUAUGCAAGGGGUCUCAAUAUGUGGAGGAGGCUCUUAUAACUUAAAGGGACAGUAUACACUCAUUUUCAUAUAACUGCAUGUAAUAGACACUACUAUAAAUAAUAAGAUGCACAGAUACUGAUAUAAAAAUCCAGUAUAAAAUGGUUUAAAAACAUACUUAGAAGCUUUCAGUUUAGCUCUGUUGAAAAGGCAGUUGUAAAGCCCACUGCAAGUGGGAAAUAAGACACUCCCCCCUCCCCCUUCUUUUGCAUAUGAAAAGACCCUUUACACAAACAGGAGCAAGCUGGAAAAGGUAGUUGACGGUAUUCAAAUAAAACUUUGGGGCUUGGUUAGGAGUCUGAAAAUCAGAGCAAUGUUAUUUAGAAAUAAGCAAAAUUAUACAUUUUUAAAAAAAAAAAAAACUUUAUGGGCUUUAUAAAUAGAUCAACUACAAAACAUUUAUGCAAAGAAAAAAAUGAGUGUAUAAUGGUCCUUUAACAUAAUUUAUGAAUCAAUGGGAUUAAUUAAUUAAUUACCAUUCACUAUGGCUAGCCGAGGUUUGGUCCUAACUGUUUGUUUCCUUCCAAUGAUUGUUUUGUUUAUCUAUAGACCAAGGUUGUAACCUCCGAAAUACAUAGGGGAACUCUUAAACCCAAAAGCCAGAAACUCCACCAAUUAGCCAAUGCUAUCUGUUGUGUACAUUUUUCUGUAAUCACCAGUCCCCAAUAAGAUACAGUUAGUUUAGCUAACUUACCCCUAGGGUUAAACAGCAUUCUGUAUUUAAAUAGUUUCAGUUUACCCUUCAGCUAUAUUCUCAUGUCAGGAAAGCUGAGAUAUCUUAGAACUCCACAUAUAGAAAUUUACAGUCUUACAUAUGACUGGAAAUAUGUUGGCUAUAGCACACCACACCAUAAGAAUUUGUUGAAUAACAUAAUAUAAAUAGAACCUUUUCUGUUAUUAUAAAUUUCGCUCAAUAGUGGUUUUAUAUAUAUAUAUAUCUUUAACCAUUAUAUUUAUAGCAGAAAAUGUCUAAUCCUUAUAGAUAUGCUACAGCCCAAGAGUGGCCACUUUCAUUGCUAAUAUUCCUCCUUAUUAUGCCAUUAGCAUAGCCAGGUCCAAAAGAGACCCCCUAAUUCCACGAGGAACAAGUGCUAAAGUAAAUGAGAUUUCAUCUUUUGGUGUUUAAUUAUUAUGUAGACUUAUAGUUCAUUCAUUGUUUAUACUGUAAACUAACUACGUUUAUUCUAAGCAGAGGCUGUCACUCAUAUUUUUGUAUGUCUGCAACUAAGAACUAGGGCAUUGCUCAUGCUCAAUUUAUGAAACACUGCCAGAUAUAUAUUCUUUACUUGGGAAAAUAGCCUGUCUUCUGAACAAUGUUAUAUUUGUAUAUGUACCUUAUGUUGUUUUUUUUAUAAUAACCUCAAUAAAAGAUUAUGAUUUUUUUUAAAAAA